UACCAACAUAAGAAAAUCUAAAUGUUGCCAUAUUAGUUACCUUUUAUCACUAUUUAUAUUAAAUUUCAAUUUAAAAUAGUAUUUUUAGAUCUUCUUUAACUUUUAUGUUAAAUAUAUAUUAAAUUUGCAGCAAUAAACUAUAUGAAACUUUGAAUACUUUUAUUUUAAUUAGUAUUUAAAAAAAUAUUUUCAUCCAUCUAGUGUGUAUCCGAAAAUUUUAUUGCAGUAUCUGAGAAUAAAUGAUUCACUUUAGAAUCCGAACGGGUACUUUCUACUAGGUACCUACCUAUUCAUUAUUUUUGAAAAGUAAAAUCAAUAAUAAAUAAUUUCGUCCGCCAUUGUUUAUUCAGUAGUCUGUUUUGUCUUGAUUUACUCAUUUGUAUGAAAUGCAACGACCUAUACGUACACGCUUCUAUUUACUAAUGUUAUUAUAAUAAGACAAUGUACGUUCACUUUACAAUAUUUGUUGUGCUUAUUCUUACAAAAUCCGUGCAUCUUUAUUGUGGUCCGUAUAAUGGACAAAUAUGCAGAAGUUAUUCUACUGGAUACGUAUGGUAUAACAAUACAGGCGGCUUGGAGAAUGAAAAGAUUACUACGGGGUUAUGGAAGGAAAUGAUUUCCACUCUCAAAGAACCAUGCAGAAGUACAGCUGAGAAAUUACUGUGUGCUUAUGCUUUUCCUAAGUGUAUUCACAAAGAUGAAAUAGGUUAUUUUGCACUACCACUUUGUUAUGAAGACUGUAUGGCCGUUAAAAUGCAAUUUUGUUACAAUGAUUGGAUUGUUAUUGAAGAGCAAAAACGUCGUGGAGUGUUCUUUGAGUCUCGUGGACACUUUCGAUUUCCAGAAUGUGAAAAACUCCCAAAAUUUUCGGGUAAAGGUUCACAAGUUACAUGUAACAACGCUGGUAUUAUAGAUAUGGAUUUCAAUCAAGUUACCCAUACAUGUGUUAGAGGCAAUGGGCGCUACUAUCAGGGAACCGUAAAUGUAACAGAAUCAGGUUUAGCUUGUCAAGCUUGGGAAGCUCAGUUCCCACAUCAACAUACUAGACCGCCUCUGGUAUUCCCAGAAGUUCAGAAUGCUACAAAUUUCUGUAGAAAUGCAGGUGGAGAGGAACGUAAACCAUGGUGUUACACUAUGGAUGCUAAUGUACGAUGGGAGCACUGUGACAUACCAGUUUGUGCCAACUUUAGUGAAGAAUUUGACAAUAGAAAUGGACCAAUAAUUGUUAUGGAGAAUUACUUCACACCUACAUUUGUUUUGUACUUAUCCAUAGGUGGCCUUGGCUGUAUUUUAGGUAUAGCAUUAGUAGCAUUAUUAUGUCAUAAUUUCUUAAAAAAUCACUAUUCAAAAUGCAAUAUGACCAAUCGAAGAAAUGUUCAAAAUGUGGAUAUUGACUUAGAUAAAUUACCUAGUAACUUGGCUUAUCAUACCACUGGAGCACAGCUGAAUCCCAAAUUAGAAAAAUUAGAAUUUCCAAGAAACAAUAUCAUUUAUAUUCGUGAUUUGGGACAGGGUGCUUUUGGAAGAGUUUUUCAAGCAAAAGCACCUGGACUUGUACCUGAUGAAGAGUUCACUAUUGUUGCUGUUAAAAUGCUCAAAGAUGAAGCCUCUCAUGAUUUGCAGUUGGAUUUUGAGAGAGAAGCUUGUUUACUUGCUGAUUUUGAUCAUCCAAAUAUAGUAAAAUUGUUAGGAGUUUGUGCCAUUGGAAGGCCAAUGUGUUUAUUGUUUGAAUAUAUGGGAAAAGGUGAUUUAAAUGAGUAUUUGAGGGCAUGCAGUACUGCAACAAGUUUUCCACCAGCUGUAGAAAAUAGGGAAGAUUUACGUUUGCUUGCUACUCCAUUAAGUCAUUUAGAUCUCUUACAUAUAGCUAGACAAAUAGCAUCUGGUAUGGUUUAUUUAUCAGACAGAAAAUUUGUACAUCGUGACUUAGCUACUAGGAAUUGUUUGAUCAAUGAUGACAUGGUAGUUAAAAUUGCUGAUUUUGGUUUAUCACAUAAAAUUUAUCUUCAAGAUUAUUAUAAAGGUGAUGAACAUGAUGCAAUACCUGUGCGAUGGAUGCCUUUAGAGAGUAUACUUUAUAAUAAAUAUACUUUAGAGUCUGAUGUGUGGGCAUAUGGUGUGUGCCUUUGGGAGAUAUUUUCAUUUGCUUUACAACCAUACUUUGGUAUGACUCAUGAAGAAGUUGUUAGAUUUUUAAAAGAUGGUAAUGUGCUAGCUUGUCCUGACAAUACACCAAGAUGUGUGUAUGACUUAAUGAAACAGUGUUGGAAUCACAAUCCAAGUGACCGGCCAAAUUUUAGGAUCAUAUACCAAACACUAGAUAAUAUACAAUUAAUUUUGGAAAGAACUCGCACAGAGUAACUCAGUGUUUUAUUCUAGUACUUAAGAACUGACUUUUGUAUCAUAAUUUAUUUCCUGCCAAUAUUAUCUUGCCCUAUUUAUAAGGCUAUAUUUAUUAUUUCAUUACAAAUUAUUAUUUUCAAUUACAUGUAUGUUAAGUGUCUUAUUUAAUUUGUGUAUUGCUACAUGUAAUAUAUAUGGUAAAAUGUAUAGAUAUUAUAAAAAAUAAAAAGACAUAAGAGUUAACAAAUAAAACCACUACUGUAAAAUUUUUGGAGUGCAUACUUAUCAGUAUAAUGAUAAAACUAUGGACCAUAUAAUCAAAGCUACUACCAGCUUUUUUAAAUUAUGAUGGCUUUUAUUCAAAAAUCAAGAAAAUUGUGAUGUUAAUUCCCACUUAUUCAGCCUACCCUGAGAUCAAAUUUAUUUAAAACUAGCUGUUCCCCGCGAGUUCAUCCGCGUUUCUGUAGUUUUUUGUAAAAUAAAUAGCCUAUGUCCUUCCUCACGGUUCAGUGGUUUUGAUGUAACAGACACAUUUCCCUUUACUGCUCUGCUCCUAUUGAUCGUAGCGUAAUGAAAAGUACACUGUAAACUGCCCAGAAGUAUGAAGAAUAAUUGUACCAAGUUUUGUUAAACUCCAUCGAGUAGUUUUUGUUUCUAUAACAAA